AUGCCGCGUGGACGACACGCCUGGGCGUGUCGGCGCUGGGGCCGAAAGCUGAUGGUUUGCGUGUUAGCUGCUGCUGCAGGCUCCUGCUUUGUGGCGCCGAGUUGCUCCUUCCCCCGUGCUGGCAGCGUAGAGCCGCUGCGGGAUGUAUCUCAAGAGGCCGCUACGAAAAGGGUGCGGAAGGCUGCCAGGAUACCCAAGGCCAAAGUGAAGAAGCUGGGGAAGUCCAGGAAGGGCGCAUCUGAGAGCAGCGUGUGGGACUUUAUCAGGGAAAAGGACAAGCAAGCCUUGGAAGAAGGAGCUUUCAUGGAAACCUUUGCGGGGAAAGCGGUGGAGUCAGUGGUGUACUUUCUCUGCUUCCUGAUUAUACUGUGGGAGAUCUACUUGAACACGUGCCUUGACGAGACACACCCGGUGCCUGAGACUGCCUUGGGGGCCACGGAGCUGAGCUUGCGCACGAGCCGGAACGAGCCGGCAUUUUGGCUAGUUUUCUGCGAAGUCUUUCAUGGCACGCCUCAUUCCUUGCUAAUGCAGCAUGUUUUGCUGGUCUCAUUUGUCCUGGGCUGUGUGACCGCUGCCCGGAUCGACACCCGUGACUCUGUCCGGCGUGAUCAAGAGGACCCAGAGCCAGUCAACCUGGAUCGCAUCACUUGCCUCAGGGAGGACAAUCUUGACCUCGUGGGCGCAGCAGAUGCCGCGGACCGCUACUUCCUUCGCAAGGUGGUCGGCACAAGCAACGAGGAGACUCACGGGGAUAUUUAUAUCUUUGGUGAGCAGCUGCAAAUCAAAUCCCUGGAGGCCAAGGUGAGCUUCCAUAGGGCAGAUGCAGAUUCCUUUGAAUUUGAGCUUAGCGGUGACAGAACAACCGGAAAACAUGGGGAGUAUUCUGGACUUGGCAUCGCGGAAGUAUGGAUUAGCGGCUUUGAGGUCAUGACCAAGAAUAAACUGGUGAACUGGGCGACGGCUAUGGCGACCAAUCGGGAUGUCCUUCGCGAGGGCCAGGAUGGCACGCUCUACUUUUCCCUCUCGGGGAAGGUCCGUGCGAAAAAUGUGAAAGGGGUUUGGACUGCAGAAUUGGUGUCCAAAGAGGUGAAGUACUUCAAGUUCAAUUUUAACAGCCAGAAGGUUCUGGACUAUGCUUUGAACCAGUUCGGUGGGCUUGAUCAGCUGGUGUUGGACAGCCUGUUUGGCAUCAUCAAAUCGCAAGUCCCAAUGAACCUCAUGGCAUCUCUGACUUAUUUGCCGCUUGUGCCAGGCCGCGAUAAUCAUGAACAAGAUCUAUGGUUAGAGGUCAACAUGGACCUUGGGGGGUCCAUGGCCGAGCCCAACGGCCAGCUGGAUCUCGAUGUGGGUCUCUCCAUCGACUUGCAUGCGAACCCGGGAGCGCUGUUUGACGUUUUGGCGACCAACUUCGAUGUGAAGGCUAUGGCAAGGCAAGUGGUGGUCACCUUCUUGCGCGACCCAGCAGUGCAGGAGGCCUGGAAUGACAAUCGGGAGGUCUUCCUGGAGAAUUUGAAGCAGUAUCGAUUUGUCAUGGGCAAAGAUUUGCUGAUGAAGGUGAAGCACAGCCAGACCCUUGCAGAUCUCUCGCCUACUCUUCUUGCGGCAGCAGAGAGUCAGGCCAAUGAUUUGUUUGUGAAGAUCCUCGAGCCGUUCAUCAAAGCCCAUUCUUCUCAGUCAGGGGGAACGGCCUUCCUCGAAGGCUUCAAGGUGUCAGCCCAGAGCGGCGCUGGAUGGGGCCCCGAGACUUCUCAGAUGCUGCAUGCGAGGCUGUUGCCAGUCGGCAGGAAGACCAAAGAGGGCAUCCAAGCCCUCGAGGGGAAAGCGUCGCUGCUGUCGGUCUUUGGACUGGGCGCCUUGCUGCCGCAACCUCCAGCGAUGGGAACUAUCACCACGGCAAGAUUGGAUGGGUUCCACUUCGACUCGCGAUCCAUGCGGAUUGAUGACGCCAUUAUUGAGAACUGGAACACUGCACCAGCAAAUGGGUCCCAGCGAUCAUACCAGGUUCGAACGGCCACUCUUGGCGAAGCGAUUGUGUCUUUGCCAGAGGCGCUACAGCAGAAUUUUCAGAUGUCUGGUGCCAGAUCAUAUAUCACCAUGACACCUGCAAGUAAGAUCACUGCCUCGUAUGGGAAGAACGGGAUUCAGCUUCGGCAGCUGCGCCGCUCUUCCAAGCAGCCUGACAUUCACCACAUUCGUGCAAAGAGUCAGUAUGAUCUUGAUGGCCUCGUGCCUGACGAGUAUCAGCGUCCGACGGGCCCUCCACCAUUGGGCUUCUUGGAAAGGGUUCUGACGCUGAAUGGCACCUUGUCAUUGGAUGUAGAGGGCACGCCUCUCAACGGUGUCAGGUUUUCUUCUCGUGGCAGGAAGCGAGCAAGCCUCGACGUGAAGCCAGUGUUGACGGGUGCUUUAGCGGGCCGCCCGAAGCAUGACACUGGAUACGUGUUCUGGGCCGGAGCCUUGGAGCGCUUCACGGAUUCCACGGCAAAAACCGGCUCAGCCGUCAGGGUGGUGUUGAACUGCGGAUUUCUGCGGCUCUUCGCCUGGCCGCUGGACCCACACAACAAUUUGCAGCGGGUGGAGGGUGGCAGCGGUCAGUGGCAGAUCGACGUGCGGGAUCUGGAGAAGUAUGCCCCUCUGGUGCUCACAGACAAAGACGCGCAGCCAAGCUGGCAAUGUUUGAUGCUGACGCGCUUGCAGUCCUCUGGCUACAUGUGGCGCUCGUCUGUGACUUCGGAGCAGCUUUGUGGCCCGAAAGAGGAGGUGGAUCGACUGUACGGGGCACUGCAGCUGCAGAGCACGCGCUUUGAGGAUAGCAGGGCGGCGGCUUGGAGAUACGGCACGCAUGACAUCCACAAUGCAGAGUUCCUUCUGCCUAGGGGGAGGGAGACAACCAACCUUCAGCAGGUUCUCCUGCAGGCACCUGCUGGGCGGAGCCUUGCCCAGAUGGCAUCCAAGCCGGCCGUUGCCAGUUCUGGCGCCACCCACGCCACCGGCGGCAGCGGCGGCGGCAGCAGCAGCAGCAGCAGCAGCAGCAGCAGCAGCAGCAGCAUCGGUGCCGGCAGUAGGUCUGCCGUGUUUGCCCAGCCGGCAGUUUUGGAGGGCAUUCAGGCCACCGCGCAGGCCGAGUCCAGGGGCCAGGAGGCCACAUCGGUCUUGCGACAGGUGGGGAGUCUCGAGGGCAAGAGGUGCCGUGCACAGGAGGCGCUCGACAAGACCUACUUCCCUCCAGACACGCAUGGUGAUGCGGCUGUCCGCCUUGCCCUGCCAGGCACACCCCUGGGCCCAAUUUUUGUCGUGGUGCAGCAGAUGCAGUUUGUGAACCUCGACUUUGUCGGAAAGCUGCAUCGCCAGAGCGACUCUAGCUUUGGCUUUGAAAUCGGAGGCCCCGAUGGCAGUCCUGCCACCGUGCAGAUGUAUAUUGAUGGCAUUGAUUUCUCUGCCCCUGAGUCAUCUUUGCCGGGCCUUGCCAAAGCAGUCUCAGCUGUGGACAGUGUCCUGCGGCCUGUGUACACGCUUGGUAUGGGUUCGAGUGACAGUCUUGAAAGGGGGCCUUUGGUCGUGAAAUUCAAGAUGAAGGGCGUUUUCAAGCUGAAGUCUGGCCAUUGGAGCAUUCAGCCCAAUGCAUUAUCGCAGGUUUCGAUGAAGUUUGGCAAAGGUGGUGCUGUGCAGUCCCUUGUGAACCACUUGAUCGAUUCGUACGGGAACAUGGACCAGGUCUUCUUGAAAAAUGUAUGGCCAUUCAUGGCAGGCCUCAUUCCUGAAAGCAUGGGCACUGCAUUCACAGAGGUGCAGGAGAAGGAUGGCAAGCUCACCCAUGAGUACAGGAUCAAGGGCAAGUGCCAGGGUCGGGCUGGCGACAAGUGUGGAUCCAACAAAGUGGAUAUUGAAAUCGAAGAUACUACGCGGGUGACCAUGGUGGCGGCACCCAUUACGAGGAAGUAUGUCGAGGAGCACUUGCAACAAUCCGAUGAUUUGAACGAUUCGUUGGUCAUUCACUCGCUGAAAUCCUACCUGAACUGCACGGACUCGGGCCAAGGGAGCGUCUUGAACGGCGUGCUGGGCGAGGCGGCUGUUGCCCUGGACUUCUCCCCCGAUCACCGGCUGCAGGUGAACGUAUCCACCCAAGCUGCCGCUCCGAACGGCAUGAUGGAGUGCUUGAUGGGCACGAAGCUUUUUCAGGGCUGUGUGCCCGAGCUCCCGGAAAGGCUCCACAGCGACGGCUCCUUGAGAAUGGAGGGCACGGAAAGGUUUUAUUUGCCUCAGGCCUUCAUCAAGGGCCUGCGGCUGCCCUUGAGCCUGGGGGGCAAGGAGGAUGCCUUGGAGUUCAGCGCCACUUUCCGCAAGGUGGAUGUGGUGGUGGUCGGCGCUGAGCCAGGUCCAGUGCAAACGCUGUACGGCAACUUCGACCUUGUACUUGACAGAGCGAAUGGCUUGGUGCUCAAGAGAGUCAAGGACGGCUUCCCGUUGCUCUCGGUAAAUAUCGGAGAAGAGUAUUUGCUGGAACCGAUGCGGUCUUUUUCCAAAAACUGGACGCAUCCGCCCAAUGUGAGAAAAGCUGAUCCAGAAAUGCCUGACGGCAUAGUCCCGAGAAGGUUUCAGAGGCCUCAUUCUCAGAUGCUUGAGAAGCUGGAUAUCGAGAAGCUGGUCGAGGCGGCGCGGGCAACUGCAGGGGUGAAAGUGCAGGGAGGCCUGCAGGAGACGAAGGAGACCCUUGAAGCCAGCGUGUACCUGUCAAUAUCGGCGACCCUGAACUUCGGAAACGACUUCUGGCGCGCAGUCAUCACGCGUAGAGUGCGUGAUGAUGGCUUCCUUUACGUGUCUGCGAGUGGCCUUUAUGGGACAAUGUCGGGCACCACAGCGCCUAGUACUCGGGCAUUUCUGGAGAUGAGCUGUGGCAAUAUUCAUGUCUAUCAACUAAAACAAGGCAUACAACCCUACAGUGAGGUUUUGCUGACGGUGGAUUUGUACGAAUACUACAAGAAUCCAGAGAUGAGAAAACCCAAGAUUAUGUCGAUCAAAGACGGUAUGUCGUGCUGGCUCGCAAACGUGGAGAGCAACCUGUUUCACACGAGCCGGAACUAUUUCUGUGGCAAGGACGCAGACAUCGACCUGCUGCAGGAGGCGCUCUCCUUGCAGUUUCGUCGAUUCAGCAACGUGGAGCAGGCGAUUCAGCCUGCGAAGGCGGCAGAUGAGCAGUCGCUUGCAGACACCCACAGAGCCGGCUACGGCUUUGCCUUUCUCGGGACUCAGAUCAUUUUUGCAGACACAACCUGGUUUCGACGGUUCAACCCCUGGGACAGGGCGAGCUGGUUGCCAGAUCUGCUGCCCCCGGCAUCUGUUGCAGAGGUGCAAACGCCGCGGGAGCGUUGGCUUUGGGCCCUGCUUACUCCUGCCCAAGCCUAAGGACUAGAUUGUUGCACCCCUGUCGUGCAUAUGGAGGA